AUACGCUAACAGGGCUUUGGCUUCCUCCGUUUCCAAUCUCAAAAUCUACGCAUUGCAGCUUUAGUUUCGAUACAGUCUCUCUCGAUCAUUUCAAGGAUGGCUGAGUCAAUUCCAUUUGCUGUUACUUCAAAUCUCAUUCACAGGUUGGCCUCCGCAGAUUUUAUUGAAUUUGGAGGAAAGUAUGGUGUGAAGGAAGAUUUGGAAGAGCUCAAGAAGACAAUUGAAUCUAUCAAUGAUAUGCUCCAUGAUGCUGACCACGAACAAGAAGAUCAAGUUAGUGUGCGAAAUUGGAUAGUGAACUUCAAAAAAGUACUUCAUUGCGCAGAUGACUUGGUGGAUGAUCUUGCUAUCGAAUUUAUGCGACACAAAUUGGAUGCAGCACAUGUAAAACAAGAAAACAAGGUACUUUAUUCCUUUUCAUCUUCAAGCCGAAUUGAUUUUCCCAUUCAAAUGGCUGAAGAAAUUAAAAAUAUACGAGAAAGUUUUGAUGCUGUUGUAAAAGCCAUGUAUAAAUUGAAAUUACGCCCAAGAUCUGUUAUGGUCAAGCAAACUGAUAGUAAAGGGAGGGAAACGUGUCCUUUUGUGAUAGAGACAGAUAUAAUUGGAAGAGAUGAUAGUAAAAAGGAGAUUAUUGAUCUGUUGAGACAAUCUCAUGAAAACCAAAAAGUUCCUCUGAUUGCCAUUGUUGGCAUUGGUGGUUUAGGGAAGACAGCUCUUGCUCAGUUGGUGUAUAAUGACUUGGAAAAGCAGAAUUUUUUUGAAAAGCAAAUAUGGGUGUGUGUCUCUGAUAACUUUGAUGUGAUAACUAUUCUGAAGAAAAUAUUAGAAUCAAUCACUGGUCGACGUGAAGACAAGUUAUCAUUUGUCAACUUGCAAAGAAAACUUCAUGAAAAAAUAAGAGGUAAGAAAUAUUUGUUGGUACUGGAUGACAUUUGGAACGAGAGACAUGACAAAUGGGCUGAAUUGAGAAAGUACCUGAUGUGUGGUGCUCAAGGCAGUAAGAUUUUGGUGACAGCUCGAAGUGAAAAUGUAGCAAAGGCAAUGACUGCUAGCACUUCCUAUCCUUUGAAAGGUCUGACUGAUGAAGCAUCUUGGAGUUUGUUGAAGAGCAUUGCAUUUGAUGAUGAUUCCAAAGGAGUGAAUCAAAAUCUAGAAUCAAUGGGGAAAGAAAUAGCCAAAAAAUGUAAAGGGGUUCCACUGGCAGUUAAAACCCUGGGAGGCCUGUUACGAGAAAAGGAAGAAAGUGAAUGGGAGAACGUUUUAAGCGGUAACUUCUGGAAAUUAUAUGAAGAAGAGCAAGAUGGUAUUAUGCCAAUUCUAAAGCUCAGUUACCACAAGUUGUCGCCAGAAAUGAGACAAUGUUUUGCUUACUGCUCUUUAUACCCCAAGGAUUCAAAAAUUCCAAAGGAUGAGUUGAUUCGGUUAUGGAUGGCACAGGGUUACCUUCGAUGUUCAACUGAAAAACAGCAGAUGGAGGAUGUCGGUAAUCAAUUUGUAAAGAUGUUUUUGAUGAACUCAUUUUUUCAAGAUGUGGAUAGUGAAUACGGUGAGAUCAUUAGCUUCAAAAUGCACGAUUUAAUGCAUGAUCUGGCAAUGCUAGUAGCCCGCGGUGAUUAUUGUUACUUGGAUAGUAAGGCAAAAAAAGUUGAAGGUAGACCCCUGCACGUAUCAUUGGAAUCUUGUGAAGCCAUUCAUUUGUUGGAAUCAUUAGAUCCGACCAGGCUGCGAACUUUGAUUUUGCCGUACGACUUGAAAGAAGAGAAAGAUUUGUCGGUUAUUGCAGAGUCCAAAUACCUACGUGUCUUGAGGAUGCAUCAUCUCCCUGAUUCCACUGAAAAUUUGAAGCAUUUAAGAUACCUUGUUUUAACACAACCAAAAAGUCUUCCCAAAUCUAUAAGCAAUCUUGUUUGCUUACAAACAUUAAAACUCAAAGAUUGCGAUGAAGAAUCAUUUAGAGAAGUAGUCACAAAAUUAGUUAAUUUGAGGUGCCUUGAUAUUGCUCGUCAUUGCUUGAGUGGAAUGGCAGUUGGGUUGGGAAAACUAUGCUCUUUGCAAUUCUUAUCGACCUUUGUUGUGGGAGACAGCCAAGAAAUAAAAUAUGCCACAUUAAAUGAACUGAAGGCCUUAAACCUCAGAGGCAAAUUAAGAAUUGAGCAUCUCAAUCGUGUCAGAGAAGUGGCUCUUGAAUCACAGCACGUAAAUUUAAAAGAAAAAAAAUUUCUUCAAUCCUUGACUCUGGAUUGGUCGGGGGAUGAAGACCGCCUUAACAGUGACGACAGGUUGCAAUUAUUGGAAAACCUUCAGCCCCACCGCAAUCUCAAGGUUUUGAAUGUCUAUCGUUAUCCAGGCGUGCGUUUCCCAAUUUGGCUUUCUCUCCUCACAAAUGUUGUUCACAUCACUCUCUCUAGCUUUGAUAAUUGUGGCUGUCUACCACCGUUGGGAAGACUCCCGUCCCUGAAGUCACUUGUUUUGCAGCGUCUUGAUCGAUUGGAAUACAUAGAUCUCUACGAAGAUGGUUUUGCAGUAUCUUUGAAGAGCCUCUCAUUAUUUGCUUGUCACAGGCUCAAGGGAUGGCGGAGGCAGGGAGAUGAUAUCAAUGAUUCACAUAAUCUCUCAUCAUCUCUUUCAUUUCCUCAUCUUUCUCGACUGGAAGUCUAUUUUUGUGAACGGUUGACUUGCAUGCCUACUUUUCCAAACGUUAAGGAUUUAAGAUGGCGUCAUUGCAGUGCGGAGCCAUUAAUAGCAACACUAAACUCAACAUGUUCAGCUGACUCAUCUUCCGCUGCUCCUCUUUCCUUGCUCAAACAAUUGAAGAUUUCUCAUCCUAUGAAUUUACCAAAGGGUUGGAUGCAUAAUCUGACUUCUCUCGAGUCUCUUCUAAUUGAACGGAGUGAAAGUAAAACACUUGAGGAAUUUGGAAUUGGGUUUAAGGACGACACCAACUGCCUUCCUUCUCUGCGAAAAAUCAGCAUAGAAAGGUUUGAAAGGCUAAAGGCUUUGCCCGAUUGGAUUCGCAACCUCUUAUCGCUUCAGCACAUCGAGAUCUACGAUUGCCCAAAUUUGGCAUGGCUGCCCGAAAGAAUGAGUAGUCUUACUAACCUAAAGAUUUUUGAGGUCAGGUAUUGUUCCUUCUUAAUUAAAGAAUGCCGAACAGAGGGAAGUGCUGUUCGUCGCCAAAUCGAACAUAUCCCACAGAUCAUCCUUCGUGAUAAGUGAUGAUAAAGGUACUGCUCAGAUUCUGAUGCGUAUUUAUUCUGUGUAAAUGUCGUGUGUAUUGGAUUUGCUUUGCUAAUAAAAUACUUGAGUUAGUGUUCAUUUGUUUCAAACAUAAAUAAAAAUUAUCCUAAUCAUAUUAAUUUUCAAUUGUUAAACAGAGUCUUAACUGUCGUAUACUUUAUG